AUGGCAGUUCAUCCUGAACACCAGAAGAAAGGCCUGGGGGACGCGAUUUUGAAGGCAUUGCUUUGGAAAAUCAGAACGCGGGCACCUGCCGAUGGCAAGCCUUACAUCUCAUUGUUGGCAGAUGAGGCUGGGCGGAAAUUGUAUUCCAAAAACGGAUUUGUGGAAUCAGCCCCUGAGUCGCUGGGGAUGGUUCUCAAAUCUUAG